AUGAAUUCCUAUGGGUGUCUAAAUUAUUUUUCUACUUUGUCUUAUAGAAGAAACACCAUGGUAAGCCUUUGCCUUGAGAAUGCAGAGCUGAAAGAGCAGAUGGGAGAAGCAAUGUCUGAUGGAUGGGAGAUCGAGGAAGACAAGGAGAAGGGCGAGGUGAUGGUUGAGCCUGUGGUAGCCAAAGAGGGUCUGAAUGAGAGUAGCCUUCAGGCUGAGUUCAGAAAGCUCCAGGGAAAACUGAAGAAUGCCCACAAUAUCAUCAACCUCCUCCAAGAACAACUUGUGCUGAGUAGCAAGGAAGGGAAUAGUAAACUUACUCCAGAGCUCCUUGUGCAUCUGACCAGCACCAUCGACAGAAUAAACACAGAACUGGUUGGUUCUCCUGGGAAGCACCAACACCAAGAGGAGGGGAAUGUGACUGUGAGGCCUUGUCCCAGACCCCAGAGCCUUGACCUUGGGGCUACCUUCACAGUGGACGCCCACCAAUUGGAUAACCAGUCCCAGCCUCGUGACCCUGGGCCUUAGUCAGCGUUUAGCCUACCAGGGUCCACCCAGCACCUGCACUCCCAGCUGUCACAAUGCAAACAAUGCUGUCAAGAUCUCCAGGAGAAGCUGCUGCUACCAGAAGCCACUGUCUUUGCUCAGGCUAAUGAGCUGGAGAAAUAAAGAGCUAUACUUAGUGAAUCCUUGUUGAAGCAGGACAGCAAGCAGGUCCAGGUGGACCUCCACGACCUGGGCUGUGAGACUUGUGGCAGAAGCGAGAAUGAGACUGAACGGGAGGAAACCACCAGUCCCGAGUGUGAGGAGCACAACAGCCUCAAGGAAAUGGUCCUGAUGGAGGGGCUGUGCUCUGAGCAGGGGCACCAGGGCUCAAAGCUGGCUAGUUCCUCCGAGAGGAAGCCCUUGGAGAACCAGCUAGGGAAGCAGGAAGAGUUCUGGGUAUAUGGAAAGUCAGAAAACAUCUCGGUCCUAUGAAAGGACAUCAAAGAUUUGAAGGUCCCCCUGCAGAAUGCCAACAAGGUCAUUCAAAACCUCAAGGGCUGGGUCCAGUCCCUCUCAGUUACAAGUGAUUACUCAUCUAGUCUGGAAAGACCUCAGAAGCUGAGAGCUGUUGGCACUCUGGAGGGGUCUUUACCUCAUAGUGUCCUUGAUGAGGAUGAGGUAUGGCUGUCUGAUGGCACUGGGGCUUUCUACUCGCCAGAGCUUCAGGCCAAGAAGGACCUGGAGAAUCUCAUCCAGAGAGUAUCCCAGCUGGAGGCCCAGCUCCCAGAAAAUGGACUAGAAGGGAAGCUGGCUGAGGAGCUGAGAUCAGCCUUGUGGCCUGGGAAAUAUGAUUCCCUGAUUCAGGAUCAGGCCCGGGAACUGUCUUACCUACGGCAAAAAACACGAGAAGGGAGAGGUAUUUGUUAUCUUAUCACCCAGCAUGCAAAAGAUACAGUAAAAUCUUUUGAGGAUCUCCUAAGGAGCAAUGACAUUGACUACUACCUGGGACAGAGCUUCCGGGAGCAACUCGCCCAGGGAAGCCAGCUGACAGAGAGGCUCACCAGCAAACUCAGCACCAAGGAACAUAAAAGUGAGAAAGAUCAAGCUGGAGUUGAGCCAUUGGCUCUCAGGCUCAGCAGGGAGCUGCAGGAGAAGGAGAAAGUGAUUGAAGUCCUGUUGGCCAAGGUGGAUGCUCAGUCCCUCACACCCUAUAGCAGCCAUGCCUUGUCUGACUCCCACCACUCUCCCAGCAGCACCUCUUUCCUGUCUGAUGAGCUGGAAGCCUGCUCUGACAUGGACAUAGCCAGUGAGUACACACACUAUGAAGAGAAGAAAGCUUCUCCCAGUCACUCAGAUUCCGUCCAUCAUUCGAGUCAUUCUGCUGUAUUGUCUUCUAAACAAUCAUCAACGAGUGCAUCUCAGGGGGUUAAGGCCAAAUCCAGCAGCAACAUCAACAGCCUGCCAACUCCCCAGAAUCCCCCCAAGGAGGCCAACCAGGCCCAUUCAGGUAUGCAUUUUCACUCCAUACCCAAGCUGACUAUCCUUCCUCAGGCACCAUUGCCCUCAGCUCCAUCCAGCUUCCUGCCUUUCAGCCCCACUGGCCCUCCCCUCCUUGGCUGCUGUGAGACACCGGUGGUCUCCUUGGCUGAGGCUCAGCAGGAGCUACAGAUGCUGCAGAAGCAGUUGGGAGAAAGUGCCAGCACUGUUCCUCCUGCUUCCACAGCUACAUUGCUGAGCAACGACUUGGAAGCCGGCUCUUCCCACUACCUCAACUCUGCCCAGCCUCACUCUCCUCCAAGAGGCACCAUAGAACUGGGAAGAAUCCUGGAGCCUGGGUACCUGGGCAGCAGUGGCCAGUGGGACAUGAUGAAGCCUCAGAAAGGGAGCGUAUCUGGGGACCUAUCCUCAAGCUCCUCUGUGUACCAGCUUAACUCCAAACCCAAAGGGGCUGACUUGCUGGAAGAGCAUCUUGGUGAAAUCCGGAACCUGCGCCAGCACCUGGAGUCCAUCUGCAUCAAUGACUGCCUACAGGAGCAAGUAGAACACCGGCUGAGCUCUACUGCUCAUGGAAACAGAUCCACCUCUAACUUCUACAGUCAGGGCCUGGAGUCCAUACCUCAGCUCCGCAAUGAGAACAGAGUCCUCAGGGAAGAAAAUCAAAGACUUCAGGCUCAACUGAGUCAUGUUUCCAGAGAGCAUUCCCAGGAAGCAGAAAGCCAGAGGGAGGCUCUGCUGUCCUCUCAAUCCCACCUUCAAGAGCUGGAAGAGGAGCUGGAGCACCAGAAGGUGGAAAGGCAGCAGCUUUUGGAAGACUUGAGGGAGAAGUGGCAAGAAGUUGCAUUCAGGGAGGAACGUCUUUCCCUCCAGGAAAACGACUCCAGACUGCAGCACAAGCUGGUCCUCCUGCAGCAACAGUGUGAAGAGAAACAGUAGCUCUUUGAGUCCCUCCAGUCAGAGCUACAAAUCUACAAGGCACUUUAUGGCAAUUCCAAGAAGGGUCUGAAAGCUUACAGCCUGGAUGCCUGUCACCAAAUCCCUUUGAGCAGUGACCUGAGCCACCUGGUGGCAGCGGUAUGAGCUCUGAGGGGGCAGCUGGAGCAGAGCAUUCAGGGGAGCAAUUGUCUGUCACUGCAGCUGCAACAGCAGCUGGACAGCGGUGCUGGCAAAGCCAGCCUCAGUCUCUCCUCCAUUAACCAGAACUUUCCAGCCAGCGCUGACCCUGGAAACAAGCAGCUGUUCCUCCAAGAUUCAGCUGUGUCCCCUCCAGUCUGGGAUGUUGGUAUGAAUUCCCCAGCUCUGGUCCUCCCCAGCUCUGCUUCCUCUACUCCUGGCUCAGAAACGGCCAUAAUCAACAGAACAGAUGGGCUUGGUUUGGAUACUUCUCCAGUAAUGAAGACCCCUCCCAAGCUGGAGGGUGAUGCUACUGAUGGCUCCUUUGCCAAUAAGCAUGGCUGCCAUGUCAUUGGCCACAUUGAUGACUACAGUGUGCUAAGACAGCAGAUUGCGGAGGGCAAGCUGCUGGUCAAAAAGAUAGUGUCUCUUGUGAGAUCAGCGUACAGCUUCCCUGGCCUUGAAGCCCAAGGCACAGAGGUGCUAGGCAGCAAAGGCAUUCAUGAGCUUCAGAGCAGCACCAGCGCCCUGCACCAUGCCCUAGAGGAGUCGGCUUCCCUCCUCACCAUGUUCUGGAGAGCGGCCCUGCCAAGCACCCACAUCCCUGUGCUGCCUGGCAAAGUGGGAGAAUCAACAGAAAGGGAACUUCUGCAACUGAGAACCAAAGUAUCCAAACAGGAGCAGCUCCUUCAAAGCAUAGCUGAGUGUCUGAAGACCGCCAACCAGCAGAAGGAGAGCAUGGAGCAGUUCAUCGUCAGCCAGCUAACCAGAACACACGAUGUUUUAAAGAAGGCAAGGACUAACUUAGAGGUGAAAUCCCUAAGGGCUCUGCCGUGUGCUCCAGCCUUGUGACCCUUGCCUUCCAGGAACCAUGCAAGAAGCGCAGCCGCCAGAAGUCCUUAAAACAGCAGGAAACCUGGGCCUGUCCACCUUUUGUGCAGCUAUCUAGCUGCUGAGGAACAUGUGGGCCUCAUUCCUCCGAGUCCACCGGAGGGUCCAGAAGAGGCAGUCAGACAUGUAUCCUGGUGGAGCUGGGAGAAAGGCAGAAAGCCUUUCUGACAGCUAUGGAAUACCAUUAGCCAAGGUCCACUUGGCCCAGCACUAAGCAAAAGAUGCGUAGUUUGCAUAGAAGGUUUUGUGAUAUUGCCUCUCAACAGCCCCAGCAGCUUGGGAACUGGCAACAGCACAUUUCUUGCCUCAUCAGCUGUCCUGAGGUGGAAAACUCAGUGGAUAUAGGACCCUGAUUCCAAUGAAUGGGGCACGUGGUCCCAAUGCUG